ACUGUCCCGGCUGCAUCGCAAGAACAUGAUACAUUGCUGGUUUACGCCAAGAGCCGUGACAUCCUAACAGACAGUGAACCAAAGCAGGCCGAGGAGAUUCGUGGAAAAAUAUUCACUGAUUUUGUUACGCAACCAGAAAGCGCCAAUGAGUCUUUGAGUAAAAAUAGUACAACCGAGGAAUGUAGAUUUGAAGAUACAAUGCUGCCCAAUAAAACUGCUGCCAUACAAAGUUGCCAAGUAGCGGCUAUAAUAGAGGGGCCUUUGAGUGGGGAUACACCUAGCAACCAUGGGAAAGAGAUGAGUGAGGUCGCUAACAAUGAAGCUAAAGAGGUUGUAAAUCUGACAGACUCUAAACAGAAGGAAUCAAUAGAAGUCAUAAGUGAAAGAUCGAAGACUGAACAGGACAAUGACGCAGCAUAUCAAAUAACUAGUCACAUAAUACCAUCAAAUGUCAAUAACAAUAUGUCUUUAAGUAUGCCAGAAGAACCAAAAGAUGACGCAACAUGUUCAAAACACAGUGGUGAGGUUGUGGUGAGUGAAUUUGAAAAUAAAUCACCUCAAAAACCCUCUCCUUGCAUCCAAGUGAAUGAAAAUAAACAAGCAUCUGACGCAUUACAAAUGGAUACAAUGAGCUGGAUCAGGGCUCUAAGAGAGGCGGCUACACAGUCUGAACAAGAGACGACAAGGCCCCUCCCAUCUCUGGAUUCUCCUCUGCAAGACUUCCAUACUCCAACUGGGGACACACCAACCCUCCAAACACAGGAGGAAUCACAAAUUUUACCUUCAGAGAAAUCAGAUGCCAGUAAUGCUAUCGCUGAUCUAUCAAAACCAAAAGAAUACAUUGCAUUACUUAAAAAGAAGCUAAGUAUUGACCUUCCCGACCCAGUGGAGGUUGGACCAAUCAAGAAAGAGGAUACUCAUAAAGUGCCAGUGUCAAGAGAGCCACAGUUGCCUAUUGAACAAGUGACGACUGAAGAGCUGCCAAAAGUUGAUGUCCCAAAUGUCAAAAAUGAAGAAGACCAGACUCGACCAGACCCUGUAGUCCAGGCCCCAACCACACGCACAGAGCAGAAGCCAGGGGAGUCUUUGGAAAAACAUUUGGAUAGCCAACCACUGAAUGAGCCACAGGGUCCCGCUGAGCUGCAGAACAGUGGGUCAUCCCACACAGAGACCAGUGCUUGUUCCUUUGGUGUCCCCCCUGCACCUCCCUCCCCUCCUGCACCUGCUCCUCCCUCUCCGUCAGACUUCCCCACUCCUCCUCCCACACCCCCGAAGACACAAUCACCUGAGGCCGCUCCUGCGUCGCCCCAAUUUCCUCCACCUCCUUCAGACCUUGAACACAUCCCCGAGCACACAGAUCCACCGGCUGUACCCCUCCAUCAUAAUUUAAGGAGCUCAGACUCUGAUGGAGCCUUUGAGACCCCAGAGUCGACCACUCCAGUGAAGGCAACCCCAGAAAUCCCCAACCAGCAAACAGUGGCCAGUGAACAAGUACAAGACUCUUCCAUCAAUAACACUGUGUCUGACUUGCCUUUUGAACGAUCCUGCAACUCCCCCUCCACUGCUUUUGAUGAAGAUAGACCUAUUGCAGCCAGUGGGUCCUAUAACAUUGACCUGUUUGCAGUAGAUUCAAAUCCCGCAUUGACCCGCUCCCUCAGUCUUCAGGGAGGAGAACUAGAUCAUUCCGACGUGCAGUUCGGAUCAGCAGGGUUCCGACCACAUUCCGAAUCUUUCUCUGUUGGAAGUGGGAGCGCACCAGGAACUUUGCAUCGACCUAAAAAAGUCAGAGGAGGUUCACUUAAAAAGAAGCCUAUUUUAAGACAGAACUCAAAUCCGGAAAGUGCAAAACCAGCGUCAUCCAGUAGCACGCCUGAGAUUUUAAAAAGAGCAAAACCUCGAACAUCCAGUCCCUUACAGCCUCAAGAGGAAGGCGAAACUGGAUCCGCGACCCCAAGUCCUGGCGGUACACUCAGACGAACAAGAAAGAACCGUGUAGUGACUCCACCCCCUCUCGCCGAAGAGACCAACACCACUCCGAACGACAAUUCAGCGGUCUCUGCCUUACCCCUGUGUCAAGAGGAGACCCAAGUCUCUACAAGUCCAAACCCCAAAGAAGAAUCACCCAUCCCACCCAGUGCCUCCUACAGUUGGGACCCAGACAAUAUUGACAAUAUCAACCCAUUCAAAACAGGAGGUAGUAAAAUCGCUAAUUCUCCUGUACUAGGACGUAAAGAUAUUUCUAGCACUGAACCUAUACGCACAGAAAGCCCCACUAUCCCUUCUUCAGAUCCCCUUCCUCCCAGUGACCCAGCUCCUUCUAAAGAGCCUAUUUUUAACCCAGAGGAGCAGCCGAUUUUGCCAAACCGUCAAGGCGUAAGGCUGGAGUUUGAUUACUCAGAGGAGAGUGGUGAGGCGGCCCAACAGGCAACCCCUCCACCCAAAAAACUGGGCAAAAAGCCUGGUGCCAAGAUGCCUCUUCGGAGACCCAAGCUAGGACUGAAAAAGCCUCCUCCCACACAGACGCAGGAGCUUGACAACAGUGCUCCAACCAAUGGGAACGAUGAUGAAAUCCCAGUGCCCAAAGUCUCAUAUAACUUUGAAGACAAGUGGGACGAUCCUAAUUUCAACCCGUUUACUUCUAAGAAAGGCAUUGGGAACUCCCCCAAGUUAUCUCGCCCCUCUCAUGCUUUUGACCCCAAUAACUUUGAUGACUCCAUAGACCCUUUCAAAUCGUCAAAUAAAAUCAGCAUUUCUCCUCCAAAGGCCUCUGCGUCUUUUGAACUGUCUGCAAAUGAUAAUGAUGUAGAGAAUGAUAAUGACAACGUUGGAGAACUGGAAGACCAAAAUCAGAACAAGCCUGCCAAGAAGAAGAAAACUCCAAUUAAAUCUAAUACUUUCAGAGUCAAGAGGUCACCAAAGAAAUCACCACUGUCAGAACUUGCUCAGGACUCCCCAGAAGACCCCGUGUCAAACCACCCCCAGGACGACCACGCCACAGACGAGGAGAAGCUGGCCUCCUCCUCCGGGCACAAGUGGAGCGCCCUGCAGAGUGUGGAGGCUGGUUUAAACUCUGAACAACAGGACUUCCCUCAACCUAGCGACCUCACAGCUUUUGUGAACGAGAGCAAUUUGCCCCUAGAGACCACAGGAGCUGACUAUGAGAUUGAAUACAUGGAGAAGAUUGGCACCUCUUCACCUCCUCUGUCGGUGAAGAAGCCAUCUCUGUACCUCAAGUUGGACUCAGUGUCUGACAACUUAAACAACACCACCCAUGGGUCUGAACCUAACUCGCCUUGCACUGGGAGCUUUGAGGAGAUGGAGGCGCAGAUCACAGCGGGCAUGAAGACCCCAAUCCUCAGCACACGACCUGGUCCAGAAGGCUCUGCCGGAGACAAGGGACGGAAGAGAGAGAGUGAGAAGCUCGCCCGAAACCAGAGCACAGACAGAGAGGAGCAGCCUGUGGGCCCUGCUCCUGCCCCGGACAUGCCCCUCUUAGAGCAGCUGUCCGAGUGUGGCGACCCCCUGCAGUACCUGGAGCCUGACCUGGCAGAGACCAACCCCACAGCAUUCGCCCAAAAACUGCAGGAGGAGCUGGUGCUUGCUGCCCUGAGGAUAGAGGCUCUGCAGGUAGCCAAAAACAUCUCUCAGUGCCCCUCCCUCUCCACUGUAUCCCCCCAGUCCUGCCCCAAGAAACCCAGCACUCGUCGAUGGAAUAUCAAUGGGUCGCCUCUUAUAAAACGAAAAGAAACCGCUCCAAAUGACAGUGCAGUAUCCAAGAAUUCCCUGUAUGCCCGGAACACCAGUAACUACAUGGAGGGAGAGAGCCCCCAUCUCCCCAGUGACAUGGACCACUCGCUGGGGAUUGCACGAGAAGAGAUUAUAACAAAAGAGAAGGAGGUCCUGGAGUGGCAAAAGAAAUAUGAAGAGAGCAGAGUGGAAGUGGUUGAGAUGAGGCGAAUUGUUGCUGAGUAUGAGAAAACAAUUGCACAGAUGAUCGAGGAUGACCAAAAAGAGAAGUCCCUGUCCCACCACACGAUACAGCAGCUCAUUUUGGAGAAAGACCAAGCUCUCGCCGAUCUCAACUCAGUGGAAAAAUCUUUAGCCGAUCUUUUCAGGCGCUAUGAGAAAAUGAAGGACGUACUAGAAGGUUUCCGCAAGAAUGAAGAGGUUUUGAAGAAAUGCGCGCAAGAGUAUUUAUCUAGGGUGCGGAAAGAGGAGCAGCGCUAUCAGGCCCUAAAGAUCCAUGCGGAGGAGAAACUAGACAAGGCCAAUGCAGAGAUAGCACAAGUGCGAGCCAAGUCCAAACAGGAGCAAGCGGCAUACCAGGCCAGUCUGCGCAAGGAGCAGAUGAAGGUGGACUCACUGGAGAGGACACUAGAACAGAAGAACAAAGAGAUCGAAGAAUUGACGAAGAUUUGUGACGAGCUGAUUGCCAAAAUGGGGAAGAGUUAGCCUCUCCAUGACACCCUGCAAAGAGGAACCCUGGAAUAAACUGGAUCAAAAAUACCCCACUUUUAAAACAGACUAAAGCUUUAUUUUGGGGUCUAUGUUCAUACAUGUACAGAAAUCCACUGGACUGGCUUCCUCUGUACCACUCUGUAUAUAGAUGUGAGUGUAUAUUGUACUGUUUUGGGGUCUGGUUUUAAAGUUUUAGAAAUGUACCAUAUCACUUGGGAGCGAAUGUUGUUGAGAAUACAUUGUUGACGUGAAUGACUGAGUUAAAUUAUAUCUAAUGAUGUUGCCAUGACAGCCACUGACGGAGAAGACUGUUUUACCCGUUCUUGUUGUUGUCUCCUCUUACAAGACAAAGAUAGAAGAGAUACAGAGCCCUACCUUGUUGAUACACCACUAAAAUAUAUCUGUAGCUUCCUGCAUGUAAGGAUAGUAAUAUUAAUGUUUGUAAAAAAUACUUCCGGAAAGUAUAAAAAAUGCAUUUUGAUAGUCAUUUGACCUGCUUCCUUCAUGUAACCUUGUAGAUAUUUGUCAUAGCUAUGAUAUUGUGUAACUUUAUUUUUGGGGGAUUUAUUUUGAUAUGACAAUAUAUAUAAACUUGUGAGUGUAUUCAGUUGUGACCAGGAGUAAUUUAAUUUGGAUGGAUGUCUUCGUACUGCGUUGGUCUUCGUGUCACACUGAUUCUCUGCACAGCUACUGUACAGCAUUGGCUUCAAACGUGCAAUAAAAGACGGCAAUACAACA